AUGGUGGACCGUUUUUUCAAUAUCGCAAAGGUGAAUUUUCGAUUCUCUCGCAGCAUGAAAAUGACAGCAAGAGACACGGAGCGUCAGUUGCUCGAAUUGAAAACUGCAUCAGUACAUUCAUCUGUUACUCGUAUCCUUAUCGGCAUGGGCAUGAUGCCGUUGACUAAGAAUGAUAUGAAAGCCUUGGCUCCACUCUCAGAUGAGAAUGACCCCGGCACAUUCAAAUACGAGCCUCUCCCAGACGACGACGUCCGAACCUACGUACAGAUUGGUGGCUCGCAGUGUCCGCUUACUUCCUAUGUCAAGUGA